GACAGGGACAGGGACAGGGGCAGUGCCGGGGGGGCACCGCGCUCCCUGUGCCCUGCGGGGGGCACCGGGCGCUGGGCACCGGGCACUGCCUGGGCAGCGGGCAGGGGACACGGCGCACCUGCACCCCCCGGCACCCCCGGCCCACCCCCCGCCAGGCUCCCGCUGCCCCCAAGCCCUCCCCCAGACACCCAAAUCCCUGCAGCCCAGGGGUCCCGCAGCCCCUGCCUGGCUGCGUCCCGCCUGCCCAGCGCAGACCCAGCCCCUGGCACCCCGAUGCCAGAUUCCCGGUGGGAUCCCCCCCCUGCCUGGACCCCCGGCAUCGAUAGCAGCACAAACCAGGGGGGCUGGACCAGAGCCCCCAGCCUGGGGCUGUGUGACAGCUGGGGACACCGCAGCUCUGCAGUGUGAUGUUGGCUGUUGUGGGAGCCCGGACCAAGAGGGAAGAUGCGGAUUUGGGGCAUCCUCCACCUGAGAGCAGGCAGGGGAGCCCCCGUGCGAGCCCCAGCCCCAACCCUGCUCUAGGGCGACACUUUUCAGAAGACGCCAACUGAAAACCCAGCCCAGAAGCCAAGCACCGUUGCCUUGGUGCCCUGAUCCUGCCGUAUUCUCACUGCCACAAAGCCGGUGUCCCUGUCCCCCCCCGGACACCCGCUGUGCCCUCUGAGGGGCUGCAGGCAGGGCAGCGCUGCCCCCAGCCCCCGGGGCUCCUUGUGUCCCAGCAGCAGCAGCAGCGUGGGGACAUGUCACGGGGAUGUGGCACCACCACAGCUCCCCUGCUGUGCCCGGCACCGUGUCCCUGCUGCCGGGUGCUUGGGGCAGGGGGGGUCCGCGGGGCACCCUGCCUGUCCCCAGGCGAGGGGCGCAGCUCCCGGCCCGCACCCGUGGGGUGGGACGGGGACACCGGGGGUCCCCAGCUCCGUGUCCCUGCUGCGUGAUGUCGCUGUGGCCACCGUGGGGACCCGCGCCCUUCCUGCCACCCAACCGGCCCGUGCCGAGCCCCGGCCUCCUCCCACGGUGCUGGAUGGGGCCGUGCCCGUGGAGCUGGGGGACGAGUCCCCCCCCACCACUGCUGCUGAACCCUCGGGGACACGAACUACGUUUCCCAAAGCACUUUGCAAGGGGAGCCGCCCCCUCCCGCGGCUCCGCGGGACCAGACUGCGCUUCCCAGCCGGCUCCGCCGGGGAGAGCCGCCCAGGAGAGCCCCGCAGCGAGGGGCUGGGGUCGCCGGGUCCGGCCCGAGCCGCGGGUCCCGGAUGCUGGGGACCUGGCAGAGGAGGAGGUAGAGGCUGCGGUGCACCGGGGGACCACAUGGACAUACGGCUGGGGACAGAGCAAGGUGACAGUGACAACCCCUUGCCACCGUGGGACCUCAGGGGCUGCGGAGAGAGCUCUUAUCCCUGAAGCAUUCCCAUGGCAGGGAGUCCUAUAAAUGCCAAGGCACAGGAGGGGCUUUGUGCCCCACACUGGCUCAGACACUGCGGACCCCCACGGGUCAGUGCCCCAGCGGGACCCUCCUCUGGCACCGGAGAAAUCGGGCACCUCGGGAACAGGGGUUUAUGUGCAACGGGGUGGGGACAGGGGAUACACAUGGGAGAGGGAGGUUGGCAUCACAGGCAGUCAUCAGCACUUGCUAAGGUUAAAUUGACGGGACCACUUGCCCUGGGUGCUCAUGCUGUGCCCUGGGACCUCCUCCCGUCCCCAUCCACCACUGGGAGCAUCAUGGCAUUGCUCACACCUGUGCUCAGGGCCGGUGGGGUGGACAGGACAGACAGCCCUGCACCAGGCAGGCGUGCUGCCCCCACUGCACCCUGAUGGCAGGAGGGGGCUCGGGGCUCACCUGUCCCCUGGCAGGGGAUGACGGGCACCGGCCCCAGGAGAACUGCACUGACCCUGGUGGAAGCAAACCAGUCCUUCAGCCACGGUGUAUUCCCCAGGAGGGCACUACAGGGGGGUGAAAGCCUGAAUCUGUCCUGUGCAGCUUUCAACUGCAACAUUCCCUUCUCCUGUUCCCAAAAUUGGUCCAUCCUGCAGCAGCCACAGGCCGUGGCAGAGUCCUUCAGCAUUUGUCCGGCCAGUGCCGGGCAUAGGGCAGACCCAAAGCUGGGUGAGCCACCACUGGCCCUGGAGCUGCAGCCACGUCUGGAGUCUGAUGUUCCAAUAUUUAAUUUGUUCACAGGAUACAACUCUGAACUGAGCUAGGAGAGCCAUGUCUGGGUUCCUUGGUGGCAGAUAAGCCAGACUGAGGUUGUGGCUGGGCUGGCAGCCGGUGGUUGCUUAGGAACUGCACUUGCAGCAAGCAAAUGAGCGAGGCAAAAUCACACCUAGCUGUUUGUCACUUCAAAGCAGCGUUGUUUCCCGUAGUUGUCUGUGGGGAAAAGAAUUUCAGCAGAAAAAUGCAACUGGAAGUUAGGAGCUACCCAAGACGUGGCCUGUUCGGGGUGAGGUGAUGGGGAGAGAAGUCCCCUAACGGUGUCACGGCACUCACAAAGAUGCACCAGCUCCGUGCAUGCUUUCUCCAGUAUGCAAGGAUACAGCAAGCAGUUCGAGGGGAGAAAAAGUCACAGCUAGCAGAGCCAGAGUACAAAAACUUGGGGCUGAACAAAAUGAGGAAGUUCAAGUGCAACCCAAACAAGCAGGCAGAGCCGUGGAAGGGGGCCAUGCACCGUGUUCCCAGCAGGGUCCUGAUGUCCCCAUCAUGGGCAGCCAACAACUGGUCUGGAGCCUGCAGGUGCUGCAAGGACAGAAGUGUCCCCGGCCGUGGGACAUGCAGGGCAUGGCUCCACUGACAGCCACCCACCGCCUGCGAGCCCCGGUGGGUGCAGCAUGGGGUCUGGCUCCGACACACCACAUUUCAUGCCACCGUUCUGCCCAUGUCACGAAGUGCUGGUCUCAGCAUCUCCCGCAAUUCCAGCCCCAAAAAGGUUUCAGUGGCCAUGGCAGAGCACCCGCAGUGCCCAGUCCUGUGUUACCAACCGUGAGCCUGCCAGGAUUUUUUGACCGAUACCAGCGAUCUCAGAGGAUGCCUCAACUUGAGCCUCAAGGACUCCACACAAGAUUUAUUUUGUUACUCCCAGAAGGUCCCACCGCAGGGACAGACAUUUCUGACCCGAGGCUCUCCAAGACCCAAUGCAACACCAACAGCCAUUCCUGUCGAGUGUUUCCCUCCUGCUCCCGGGGCCAUGCAGUGCCACGGCACGGACGCAGCAGGGUGACUGAGCUCCUCCCAGCCCACCCAUAGCAAAGGAUGAUAAUAAGGGGGGAAAAACACUUUGAAAUCGGCAACGUGCUGGGAGACAAGAAGCACAGCAAGGAGUUCCCUUGCAAACGGUGACUUCUUGCCACUGAUUGGUGGACUGGAGACUUUUUGGAAGCUAAAGAAAGAUUGCGGGUGGCCCAGGGGGUGGGAGUGGGGUGCACUGGGGGGUGGCACCUGCAAAGGGGUUGGUGCUGGUGGGGGUCAGUGGGGUGUCCAGUGAGCCGGGAGGUGCUGGGGAGGGGACUGGUGGUGCAGUAGGGAGACACAGAGAGCACAAACCAGUACACAGGGACAGAGCUGCCAGGGAAAUGGGAUGUGGGGGCUCAUGGUGGCUGCAGGGGCUCUUGGUGUGUCUAAAGAAGAGCCCUCAGAUGCACUUGUGUCUCCUCAAGGAUGGGGCAAGCAUCACCCACAAGCAUCAGCCACACCACCAGGCUGCGAAGCCCCAGCACAGCUGCUGCCCCUCACACCCAUCAGCAGCACCAGCGUCCUGGUGGAAAAGAGCAGCAAGGUGCAAAAUCCAGAUCCCCUGACACAAGGCCCGGUGUCCCUACAGCCAUGCCCCAUAGCUCAGGUGCUGCUUGCAUGUGUGCAGCUGCAGCCCCGAGUUGCUUUGCUCCAUGUGUGAUUCCCAUGGCAAGCAGUGAGUUUUCUCCCAAACCGGGCUUGCCCUGCAGCAGCAGCACAUCCCCAGAAAGGGCUGACAGCUCCCCAGAGCACACGGGAUCCCUCAGCAGCUCUAUCCUGCUGAUGUGACAUCUGAGCCACCCCACCAGCCUGGGAGCGGGGGACAGGGACACUGGGGCAUGCAAAAUGUGCCGUGCAGAUGUGGGUGCCGUGCUCUGUGCCUGUACAGCAGGGGCUGGUGCUGGGCACUCCGGCAGCUCCCCAGCUGUAGCCGUGUGCCUGCAAGAGGCAGCCAGGGCCCUGCAGCGGUGUCCCUGGGACAGCAAGUGUGCAAAUUCACAGCUCCUGGUGCACUCGGUGUCCUGCAGGCUGUGUGUUGUGUGCACAGGGAUGCUCAUGCCAUGGCUGCACAGCCCAAAGCUUGUGUAGAUUAAGCCCUGCUCUGCCCUGCCAGGGGAUGCUUGUGCUCCUCGAGGGUGAUGAUUCAGACAAUCCUCUGGCACAGCUGCAGUCGGCGUCACAGGGGUCAGCUGUGCCUGGGUGGCUGCCGGGGUGUCCCCGAGCUCAUGCCAGCCGCAGGGACCAGGCAAGGAGCCGGCUCCCUUAUCGCCCUCCUGCACUCGCCCGCCGCCCCUCUCCCCCAUGGCUCCUGGCCCGGCUCAUGCAGGGGCUUGGCAGCGAUGGGAGGGAAGCUCACAUUGUGGCUGCCCACUGCGGCCGGGCUGCAGGAGAAAGCAAGGAUUUCCUGGCCUGGAGCAAGUCCUUCCCGUCCCCUCCCUGCUGCAGGGGCUGGGGAUGGGCUGCUCCUGCUGGGCUCUGCGCAGGGAACCAGCGGCUGCCCCUGCACGGAGGCAGCAGGGAUGGAGCUGGGAUUUUGCUGACACUACCCUGCAGUGCCAAAAUCGUGUCCCACCAGCUCUGUUCUACCACAUGCACAAAAUCUCUGCUCCAAGAGGAGAUCCUGGGGUUGGGGUUGGUGUGGGGUGGCCUCACAGCAUUGCACAGGGUAAAAAGGUUAGGAAACAAAAAGCUUGGGCAAAAGUUAGGAAGGGUGAUUCUGGCGGCAACCUCAGCACGGUGCAGGCUGGAUUUGGGUCCCCUGGGCUGUGGCUACUGCUCCCUGCUCAGAGCCAGGAGCAGCCCAGUAUGUCUUCCAAGGCUGAACAUUCGCUCACGCACAGAGACACAGAAAAUGGCCCUACAAGCCCCAGCUGGGGACACCUGGCUCAGCAGCUCACAUGCACAGCCACCAGCUUCCCUCCUCAAAUUUCAUUUCUCCUCUCAGGUGAGAAAGCGCUUCCUGUGGACAGGGGCCAGGCCAGGAUGCUGCGAGCUGCCAGCACCCACACUGCUGCAGGUCCCCUGCACAACCCACUUUUGUUUUCGCUGCAAGUAGCCAUGCGUGGUGAUGCUGUGGCAGCCUGCUUCUGCCAUGCCACAGCCACAGGGAGAUGUCAGAGGUUUGCUGCACCUGGAGAUGUUUUUUAGGUUGUUUUCCUGUUAUUUUUCCAUGAUUGGGAAUCCCAAGGCCUUGGCAGGAGGGGAAGGGGUGUCACCUAUUGUCCUGACCUAGGGCACCCCCAGCAUUUUGCCAUUAUCCCACUCAUCCCCAGCCUACGGACAGCUCGGGGACAUCACCGUCCUGUCCCCAGCAAAGGUCCAGGCUGAAGCAGAGACACGGUUCCCAUGGGAAGCAGCGGACCCUGCGCAGCACCCAGCUCCCAGCCAAACCCUUGGCUCCGGCUCCCUCCCCGCGGAGGUCUGUUUUCUGUCCUGCCGUCUGCUUGUCCUCCCCCAGCUCAAACAGUCCCCGUUUGUUUGGCUUUUGCUGCCGGCUGGAGCCAGGGCCGCGUGCCGGGGCCGCCCGUGCACAAGGGCCCCUUGUUCACCGCCGCUCGCUGGCCUUCCUCCCUCCUCACUCGCCUCUCGCCUGCUUUAGCAAUUAUCCCAAUUAGCAGUGCCCCCUCCCUGCUGCCUGGCUCCAGCAUGGCCCUCGUCCCUCCUGCUCUGUGUUGGUGGCAGCUGCCCUGCCGUGCACACAGGGCCACUGGCCAUGGGGAUGUGGGCACCUGGGAGAUGGCUGCCUGCCCCCAGGCUGGGAAGCAGGGGGAUUUUGCAAAAUUCAGGCACCUAGAGGCCCGUGCAGGACACCAGGACUUCCUGCAGGCUCUGGAUGGAGCACGAGCAUGGUUGUGCUCAGCCCUGCAGCUGCCAGCCCUGCAGCAUCGGCACCUCCACGUCACCUUCGUGGUGGUUUCCCAUCCUGCCCCAACCUCGGGGUGACACCACGGGGCCGCGGAGCGUGGGUUCAGCCCGGUGGCUUCCUGCACACUGUGACCCGCACGGCGCUGCUGACACCUUCCUCCCACAGCCACUGGCUUCACAAGAGCCUAGGGCAGGUGCUGGAAGUUUCCACUCGCCAACACAGCCUGGGGCCGUGGCUUCCUGCAGCAGUUCCCAGCAGGGCCCUGUGCUGGGGCCACCUUCCCCUACAGAGCCCCAGGGAGCCACGCAGAAGCACCCCCAGCAAUGCACAUCCCCCGUGCAUCAGGGCAGGCAAAAAACUCACACCCCGUCCCUGUGACACAGUCCUGAGCCACAAGGGGAGCAGACCAGCCCCAGCCGUGGCCACGACAGUGCGGUGGCAGUGUGGGCAAGCUCCUGCCAAAAGGACUGUGCCGUGGUCAUGCCAGGACAUGGCUUCUUGGUGGGGGCAGCAGGCGGGGCGAGCGAUGCAGUGCCUGCCAGGAUGGCUGCGAGCACCCCAUCUCGUGCUGACAGCAGCCCCGGGCACCCAGGGUUUGAGCUUUGCAGCUCGAGCCAGCCUGUCCGCUCCCAUUUACAUCUGCUGUGUUUGCAAGCUCCGGGUUCACGCAGCCUGGCAGCACCGCGCUGCUGCAGAGCCUCCUCCGCAGCUCUGCCAGCCCCAGUGCAAUGUGUGUGCGUCAGGGUCCUCCCAUGACCCUGUCACACGUCUGCAGAGCCUGUUCUGCCCUAGGAGGAUGGCAAUCAUCCUUGAGCAUGCACCCAGAGCAGCACCUUCUUCCCCGGCCGUAGGACCAUGACUGCUCCAGAGCAUCCUGCAGGCUGUGUGGGUGCCUGGUGCUCUGCAGCACUACAGCACUACUACAGCCCUACCACCCACAGCUGCCCCCAAAAUCCACGCAUGCGCCUGGCAGACAGGGAUGUGGCUCAUGGUGGUGUGGGUCUGUGGAUAUCCCUGUUCUGCUCCCAGGGCGAGCGCUUUGGUGGCUCCCCCGGCACUCUGGGCAUCCCUGUCCACUUCCAGGUCGGAUCAGCAGCUUUCUGGUCUUCACAUCCCCAUGACACUAGGCAUGGGGCUGGCUCUGGUGGGAUGGCUUGCUCCCCGCAGCCUGCAUGGAGCACUGGCCUGUGGCUCCUCAAGGUCCCCAGGGCCCCUAUCCACCAGGGCAGGGGAAGAGAGUGGCUGCAGGGGGUCAGGCAGGGAGAUGCUUGUGCCUCUUACCCCUGCCUCCGAGCCUUGUGAGCACUCUUGAAGCCCAGGACAAGCAGGCUCUUCUGGCUGGGCUCUGCCCAUUCUUCCUGGUCCCAUGCAGGAGCUGCCCAUCCUCCUGCAGCAUCCCAGUACAGCUCCUGACACCAUAUAUUUUGGCCAGAUCCUUGGAGAAUGGAAGAAACUGGGGAGAGGAAAGAGGUGGUAGAAACUCCAAGGCCAUAUGGUGCCCAUCAGCCCUGGAGCCCCCUCCUGUGAAGUCAGGCUCUCAUCCAAAGUGAUGCCAGGGAAUUCCUGGAGGCUCCAGCCCUACAACCCCGACUCCCCCAGGCACCAACCCCUCCCCAGCUCUGUGAGCCGCCACGCUUCCUCCAGCCAGCCCUGUGCUGCAGCUCUCACCAAUGCACACUCACUCGGCUCGGCUCAGCUCAGCCCUGCUCAAACCACAGUAAAGGUACAGGCACCCCGGGGGCCCCCGCACACCCCUGCCCGCAGUGCUGGGCGUGUGGGAAGGAGCAGCUGCAGGAGCAGCUCCUGGCUGCACACCCACACCGCUCCCACGGGGGGGAAAGCAAGAUCCUCCGGUUCAAACUCACCCAAACUUAGCUAGAAAUGCAACCACGGUACUCUGUGUCAGCACAUCGGUUGCUCAAGCUGAGCAGAUGCGAUAGCAGGAGAGCUGGGGAUACCUGCAGGAGAUGCAGGUGCAGGUGCAGGUGAAGGAAGGGGAGCAGGCUGUGCCCCCAGGCCCUGCGGGGGAUGCCACACCAGGGCAGCAGGAUCACACUGCCCACAAGUGUGACUGCAGCCGCCGUGUGCAGGGCUGCAUUCAGAGCAGAGGGCUGCAGCAGCACUGCCCAGAUACAGGGACCUGCCCAGGUCCCAUCUAGCGCAUCUGGGGAUGUUUUCCUGAAAAAAAGCCCAAAUUUCACUGCAAAAACAAAUUGCUACUUCAGUGCUCAGCUGCUUGCUCUUUGGAGCUGUUCCCCAGCCAAUGCAGAGCACAGUCCUGCAGUCUGGGGCAGGACAAGCUUGGGGACAGAAUCCUGCACGGGUGCCAGGACCUCGUGUGAGGCUCAGGCUCACCAGAAGCGACGUGAGGUCCCUGCUGAGCUGCUGGCAACAUCUUGGGUGCGCAAGCGGCCGCCGCACCGCCUCCUUCCCCAUGACCCAGUUUGCAUCCUCGCCGCUGCAUCCCGCCGCGCCACGCUGUCAGGUUACCAGUGCUGGGCUCUCCCAGGGAGCCAGCCGAGCAAGCGCUGAAUGUCACUGCAAUUACACGGCGUCUGCCUCAAGCCCAGCAUCCCUGGCACCAGCGCUGCUCCACCAGCUCCCAGCAAAAGAGCCGGAAAGAGCUGCUGUGUCCCUGCUCUGAUACACGCUCCUAAGCCCCAAACCCCUCAGGCAUUAUUAAACCCAGCUUUAGCUGGGCUGAAAGGGCAGCGGGAAGGUUUCUGCAGAGCUGCCAUUUCUAUUUCUGACCAGUCUGUUCCGUUUCUCUUAGGCACAAGGUGUUUUCUAAAGGACAUGGGUCUGCCUUGCACCAAUUGCCCUAAAUCCCUGCUCUGUGUCCUUGAGGCUGCUCUCCCUCACCAGCAGCCCCAGGAGGCUCUGGGUUUCCCUGUCAGCCCCUAAAUCACAGCAGAAGGGGAGGGGAGGGGGAGUUCAUAACGUGACAGUACUGCUGCUGGGUCAGUCUGGACAGUCCCAUUCCAAAUCAGAAUCCAAAAAUAGCCAAUGUGCUGCUCAGUGGGGUUUUGGCUGUCUCCAAGGCCAGAGGUCCCAACACCUCUCUGCCCUUGCUCACAGUUUGACCUUCAUGGUGAAGAUGCUUUUCGCUGUGUAGAUACAGGGAAAUAAAGUUGGAGUCUCCUGUG